AUGUUUACAGGAUGCGGACUGGUAAGUGGCCACAGCCAAUACCUGACCAGAGACGCAGUCAAGCCCCACCCCGGACUGGAGGUAAACAGACCGAUCCAAAUGGAGAAUGGGGUAACCCCUGGGACAACCCCUGGGACCUGUCCUCUCUACCAGGGUCAAACUUACAGCACUGCAGGCCAGCCCGCAGUGUUUAACAAUGUUUCCAGCCCACUAAAACCAACACCACUACCAGUCCCUCCCCCAGCACUAAAACUAGGGAAGGAAGGGUUCAAGAAGGUCUGCCGAACUGAGGAGGACAGCCCCUGUCCCUUCCCAGGACUGGCCUCCGGGGUGCUGGAGAUGCGCGUGAAGGAGGGAAGUAAGAUCCGCAACUUAAUGGGAUUUGCCAUGGCACGGAUGCAGGGAGAAAAGAGUGUAAGUGGGGGAGGUGUGAGUGCUGUUGUUGGUGGUGGUGGUGGGCUGAGGCAGGUGGUCUUCACGGGGUCAGGUCGCGCUGUCACAAAGACCAUCACCUGUGCUGAGAUCAUGAAACGAAAAGUUGGCUCUCUGCACCAGCUGACCAAACUGCAGUACAAGGUGGUGAAAGAGGUGUGGGAGAGUACUGAAGGGGGGGCAUCGGAGAUGACAGUGCACAGGACUGUGCCCUCCAUCAGCAUCCUUCUUUCCAAAGAUCCCCUGGAUCCACAGGAACCAGGCUACCAACCUCCGGAGACUCUCGGUGCAUUGUGGGAGGAGAGAGAGGGUGUCAGUGCCUCGCAGACAGCAUGCAAGAGACCUCUUGGACCUUUGUCACACAGCAGUUUCCCUCACUCAGAUGAGAGUGAGGUCUCUGGGAUGGCGUGGGAGUUCGCUAUCUCCCAGCCUCCAGAUGGCUCCGUCUUCUCUUAUCUAGAAGAAUGGGUGCUGCCUCAAUUUUUCAACUCGCCUUAUCUGGGAAUCCUUUAA